UAAUAACAAAAAAAAAAGGAGAGGUAGAAUCUAUCAAACACCCAAAAAUUGACCGGACCCAUUUACAGAAUCUUGAAUUUAUUCCCGUUACCACUUCUCCUCCAUACACUGUGUGUUUUUGUAUGUGUUCUUCUGUGUGUUUUGAAGAAUCAAAUAAAAGAAUGGACUUUGUGGUCAAAUCCAUGAUUGCAUCUCCACUCAAGAGAGAGAAACAAACUAGAGAGAGAAAGAGAGAGAGAGAGAGAGAGGGAGUUUUUUGAUACUCAUCAUAAGCAUUACAUACAGUACAGCUGCAGCAUAUUCUAUACAAUUUCUACUUUACUUUUUCUGCUAUUAAGUAACCCUAGCUAUUAUUCCCUCUAAAUUUUCUUUAUUUAAUUACACAUUUAGUUACAUACUAACUCCUCUCUCUUGUUUUUUUUCUGGGCUCUGUGUUUACUUCCAAAACCAUGAAAGAUUCACAAGGCACAUCAGUGCUGAAAUCGUUGUACGACAAAGCACAAGAUAUAAUUUGCUGUCAUGUGUUAUUGCCAAAUACUUACAAAAGACUAGACACGAAGCUCGAACGAAAAAUGAUGGAGAUCAAGAAAAGCACUUCGGCGCACCACAUCAAUUUCAAAUCAAUCGAUAGCAUAAUCAUGAAAUUCCCUCAGUUCAGAGACGGACUGAAAGAAAUCAGACAAGUAUUCGAGAAAUAUGAUGAGGAUUCAAACGGUACUAUUGACAACGACGAGCUCAAGAAAUGCUUACACGCGUUAGAGUUCAGUGUAAAAGACGAUGAAAUCGACGAUCUUUUUCUCUACUGUGACAUGGAUGAAAAUGAAGGGAUACAAUUCAAAGAGUUCAUAGUUCUUCUCUGUCUCAAUUAUCUCCUUACGGAUUCCUCUACUAGCUCGUCUCAUGCAACACUAAAGAUGUGUUCACCGAAAAUCGAAGCAACGUUCAAUACAAUAGUCGAAGUGUUUUUAUUUCUCGAUAAAACCGGUGACGGAAAGUUGAACCGUAAAGACGUGGUCAAGGCAUUGAACGAGGCUUCUCCUAAGGAGAAAUCCCCUUCGCAUAUCACACGAACUCGAUUUAAAGAAAUGGACUGGGAUAAGAAUGGAAAAGUUAGCUUCAAAGAAUUUCUCUUCUCGUUUAUCAGUUGGGUCGGUGUCGAUUGUGACGAAGACGAAGGUAUUUAAAAAUAAACGAACUAUCUGAAAUAAUUUGAAACUAAUAAUACAUAUUUAAUAUUAUGAUUGUAGUGUUAAUUUGUAUGUAUCUUUGUUUGGUUAUUUCUCAAUAAAGUGUGUAAUUCUUAUUG